CCUCCUCCUCCUCCUGCUCGUCCUCCGUCCCACGCGACGCCACCGCGCGUUCCCUCCCCCCGCCGCCGAGCAGAAGCAGAAGCCGAAGCCGGGAGAUAGCUAGCCUCCACGCGGGUUGUUCGCCAUGGCGCCGCCGACGUCGACGUCGAUGGCCCCCGCGUUCGCCCCGCCGCCGCCGGGCCCGUUCAGGCGCUGCGGCGGCCGGGUGCGCGGCGUCUGCGUCGGCUGCUUCGGCGACCCGGAGAUGAAGCGGCGGCGGCGCGUCGCGGGCUACAAGGCGUACGCCGUGGAGGGGAAGGUGAAGGCCUCGCUCCGCCGGGGCAUCCGGUGGUUCAAGCGCAAGUGCUCCGGCAUCUUCCGCGUCUGACAAUAUAUUCGAACAGCAAAGCCGCCGAUACGCCUCCCCCUCUUCGUCCAAGGUAAUUCUGAAAAGCGAAAAGAAAAAACAGAGUGCCUCACGAUCGAUUUGCAUUAGAUUCCAAAUUCCAGAUGUUGCAAGCUGCACAGCCUCCGAUCUUUCCUUCCAUGAGAACAGAAUGAAUUCUUACUCUUUCAGAGAGAAAAAAAAACUGAAUACUUCCGACAAGAACAAGAACUGAAAAGUCUGGGUGUAAUUGGUUUUGAUUUUUGAAUCAAACAACCAAAUGUGGAAUGGACUUGCUUGAUGAUCUUACUGUUUUCACAAGUUUGGUUCUAACUGAUGUGUAAGUGCUAAUUAUGAUGUCGUGAUUGCCAUGUUUGUUUUCGGCAUUCGAAUAUCUCUCGUUAACCUUGCUGUUGAUGCUGUAUUGUACUUGAGCUGAAAAAAAAAAUAUGGUCCAAGGUAAUUUUGAAGUUACAAAAUUUCAAGAGAUUCCUGUGAGCCUAUGAUUUCGCGAACAA